UCUGUUUUGUGGUGGUGGGCUUGACUAUGCUUUUAUUGACUCGCGUCCUCACCGUUCCGUUCACGCCCAGUUUAUCCCAUAUAUCUGUUGCUGAAUUUAGAACUCCAUGAACUGGGUCUGCGAAAACUUUAAGAAAAGGCAAGAUCUUUGUCCUGAUCAGAAGCUGAGAAGUUCAGGAAUUGGACUGUCGAAAGGUCUUUUUUAAGAAUGUCCAUGGGAUUUGUGUUUCUGUUGUUGCUUGGUCUUGUUGUUACCAGUGAAGCUGAUCCAAAUUACGUCUACCAUACCUGUCCAAAUACUACCACUUUCGACCCGAACAGCACUUACCAAUCCAAUCUCAAAAUCCUCCUCUCCUCUCUCGCCUCCAACUCCACUAGCAAUGAUGGUUUCCACAACACCACAACCGGCCAAACUCCUGACACCGUCUACGGCCUCUUCCUCUGCCGUGGCGACGGCUCCACCGAUGUUUGUCAAGACUGUGUCAAUUUCGCUACCCAAGACGUAGUUCAAAGGUGUCCUGUAGAGAAAGUGGCUGUAAUCUGGUACGACGAGUGUCUUCUUCGUUACUCCAACCGGACUUUCUUCAAUAGUGGGAAUGAAGGUCCUGUUCUGACUUUGUACAACACGCAGAACGCCACGAACCAAACCGGCUUUAGUGACCUAGUGCGAUCCACGAUGAGCGGUUUAGCGACUCAGGCUUCAAGUAGUGCUAGAAAAUUUGCGACCGGAGCUGCGAGUGUCUCGUCGUUUAAUGCUCUGUACACCCUUGCGCAGUGCACGCAGGACCUAUCUAGUAGUAACUGCCAGAGAUGUCUCCAGGCAUCCAUUGGAAACCUUGUAGUUGGGAGCAUAGGAUCUCAAACUCUCGGGGGUAGCUGCAACGUUAGGUUUGAGACAUACCUGUUCUAUAAUCAGUCUGCGGUUCCGGCACCACCACCACCACCACCACCUCCGUCUCUUCCUCCUCCGGCUAGUCGUAAAGGAAAGGGUGGAAUCUCAACGGUAACAAUAGUUGCAAUUGUUGCUCCCAUUGUUGUGUUUGUGGUGCUUUUCGUUAUAGGCUACUAUAUCUUAAGCAGGAGAGCCAAAAAGAAGUACAAUACCACACAAGAGGAUGAUGUUGAGAAUGACAUGACAACUGUGGAGUCCUUGCAAUUUGAUUUUGAGAGCAUUGAAGCUGCCACGAGAAAGUUUUCUGAUGAUAACAAGCUAGGCGAGGGAGGAUUCGGCGAGGUUUAUAAGGGGACACUUUCAAAUGGACAAGAUAUUGCUGUGAAAAGGCUAUCAAGAAGUUCCGUACAAGGAGCAGAAGAAUUUAAGAAUGAGGUUGUAUUGGUAGCCAAGCUUCAACACAGAAAUUUAGUGAAGCUGUUGGGAUUUUGCUUGGAGGGAGAAGAGAAGAUACUUGUCUAUGAAUUUGUCCCCAACAAAAGCCUGGAUUAUUUUCUGUAUGAUGCUGAAAAACAAAGUCAGUUGGGUUGGUCGAGGCGCUACGAGAUCAUUGGAGGAAUUGCUCGAGGAAUUCUUUAUCUUCAUGAGGACUCUCGAUUAAGAAUUAUUCAUAGAGAUCUCAAAGCAAGCAAUAUAUUGUUAGAUGGAGACAUGAACCCAAAAAUUUCAGAUUUCGGAAUGGCAAGGAUUUUCGGGGUUGAUCAAACUCAAGGAAACACAAGUAGAAUUGUUGGGACCUACGGAUACAUGUCCCCAGAGUAUGCCAUGCAUGGACAAUUUUCAGUGAAGUCUGAUGUGUAUAGUUUCGGAGUUAUAGUUCUAGAGAUUUUAACUGGGAAGAAGAACAGUUCUUUCCAUCAGUCAGACGGCGCUGACGACCUUGCGAGCUACGUGUGGAAGCAUUGGAGAGAAGGGACACCUUUGGAAUUGUUGGAUCCUACUUUAACCGACUCAUAUUCAAGAACUGAAGUGAUGAGAUGCAUCCAUGUCGGGUUAUUAUGCGUGCAGGAAGAUCCAGCUGACAGACCUACAAUGGCAACAAUUGUUCUCAUGCUCAAUAGUUACUCUGGCUCUGCAGCUUUACCUCAACAACCAGCAUUUUUUCACCGUACUAGAACAGUGCCGAGCUUGAAAGGGCUGGAUUCGGAUCAAUCCACAAGCAAGUCAGAGUCCGUGCCACUUUUGUCAGUUGAUGAGCCUUAUUUGCAUCCCAACUUAACUAAGUAUACUCCAUUCUAAAUGGAUCUCAGCAAAAAACAUAACAUUUAUGAGUACACCCCAAUUUCAGGUUUUUUUUUUAAAUUUUACAGUCUACACCAUAUGCACAAAUAGAUCACAGUAGAGAGAACAAUGCAAAAACAGAGUGUACAUAUAUCAGAACAUGAACAUAAAAUCAAUCGAAGUGUUGUA